CGCCCAUACUGAUUCUGAAUCAGGAUUUCCGAUUGCGUAACCCUACACCAUCCCCGCUCUUGCACCACCCAUAUCAACCAAUAUUGAUGGAUUCAUCAUUUUAUUAAAUUUAUUUAUGAUGGUAUCUUUGUCAUUAUAAAAAAUUCAACCCACUUUUACUGGCACAAACCGCAGCCAUUUCAAUUUUCAAUCACUAAAAUAAGGAUUUCCAAAAGGUUACUGACACUGUAUAUAGAAUAAUAAUUCGUGGGGAAGCACCAAGUUCUUCUGCAGAGGAGGAGAACUUUUCUCACUAUCCCCUUAUCCAUUCUCUAUCCUCUUUAAAAUACCCAAUAAUUAUACCUAAAUGCUGCACGCAAUCAAGAGUUUAAGGAGUACAAGCUUCGAAUUGCUGUUUUAAUUAUUGGGUAUUCUUUGAAAUUAACGGUGGGUUUCUGGAUUUUUUUUUAUAUAAAAAACCCCAUUUUGGAGAAAUCAGAAAAUAAGAAAGAGAGAAUCAGGAUGGGAUUUGGUGAAGAGAACAUGGUUGUUGGUGGUGGUAGUAAUAGUAAUGGUGGAUUGAGAAGUUUUGUAAGAAGAAAACGGGUGGAUUCACAGCAUUCCAACAAUCUUUCAAGUGGUCAUCAUCAAUUAGCUAAAGCAUUGACUGUUCCUCAUCUUGUUGCUAUUGGUGUUGGUUCAACUAUCGGGGCUGGCGUUUAUAUACUUAUUGGCACAGUAGCAAGAGAACACUCUGGACCAGCACUUGCUAUAUCUUUUCUUAUAGCUGGUAUUGCAGCUGCUCUUUCGGCCUUUUGUUAUGCAGAGCUUGCUAGCCGAUGUCCUUCUGCAGGAAGUGCUUACCAUUACUCGUACAUAUGUGUUGGAGAAAGUGUUGCUUGGUUAAUUGGUUGGGCUUUGAUUCUGGAAUAUACUGUUGGUGGUUCUGCAGUUGCUCGUGGCAUCUCCCCAAAUCUGGCAUUGUUAUUUGGUGGGGAGAACAGCCUGCCUUCCUUCAUGGCCCGCCAAUAUAUUCCUGUUCUUGACAUCACAGUGGACCCUUGUGCCGCAGUACUUGUAUUUAUUGUCACUGGGCUUCUAUGUGUCGGAAUCAAGGAGAGUACUUUUGCACAAGGCAUUGUCACAUCAGGAAAUGUAUGUGCCAUGAUUUUUAUUAUAAUUGCUGGUGCUUAUCUUGGGUUCCAAAAUGGAUGGCCUGGAUAUGAGCUAUCUGCAGGAUACUUCCCAUUUGGGGUGGAUGGAAUGCUUGCUGGCUCUGCAACAGUCUUCUUUGCAUACAUUGGCUUUGAUUCAGUGGCAAGCACUGCUGAGGAGGUGAAACAUCCACAAAGGGAUUUGCCGCUAGGAAUAGCUGCUGCACUGUCUAUAUGUUGUGCAUUAUACAUGCUGGUUUCUAUUGUUGUUAUUGGUCUGGUACCCUAUUUUGCUAUGGAUCCCGAUACGCCUAUAUCUUCUGCUUUUACAAGUCAUGGAUUGCACUGGGCAGCAUACAUCAUCACUGUUGGAGCAGUUACUGCUCUCUGUUCAACAUUGAUGGGUUCACUUCUUCCCCAGCCGCGAAUUCUCAUGGCAAUGUCUAGGGAUGGUUUGCUGCCAUCUUUUUUCUCAGAUGUCAACAAAAAAACCCAGGUUCCUGUUAAUAGCACUGUUAUUACUGGAAUUGUUGCUGCGCUGCUUUCGUUCUCUAUGGAUGUUUCACAAUUGGCAGGGAUGGUCAGUGUUGGUACACUACUGGCGUUCACUAUGGUGGCUAUCUCACUUCUAAUAAUAAGAUACGUGCCACCAGAUGUGGUGCCACUUCCAUCAUCACUUCAGGAUUCUAUAGAUACUGUUACAUUGCGAUACAGUGGCUUUACAAAGGAUUUUGGUUCUUCUACGGAUAUUGACAAACCUCUACUUGAUAAUGUAACCGUGGAAGUCAGUUUUCCUGUGCUUUUGAAGCAAGUAGCUGAUGGCAGUUAUACACUAAGUGAUGACAAUAGAAGAAAAGUUGCUGGUUGGACUAUCAUGCUUACUUGUGUAGGAGUGCUGCUCCUCACAUCUGCCGCAUCUUACGUUGGUCUUCCCAGUAUGAUUCGAUACACAUUGUGUGGAGUGGGUGGGGGUCUUCUUCUAUCUGGUCUAACAGUGCUAACUUGCAUUGACCAAGAUGAUGCAAGACACAACUUUGGCCACACUGGAGGUUUUGUCUGCCCAUUGGUUCCUCUACUGCCAAUUGUGUGCAUUCUGAUCAACGUCUACUUGCUGAUAAACUUGGGAGCCGAUACUUGGAUGCGAGUCUCGGUGUGGCUAGCAAUAGGAGUGGUUGUUUACUUAGUGUAUGGAAGGAGAAACAGCUCCUUGAGGGAUGUAGUUUAUGUGCCAACAGCUCAUGUCGAUGAGAUUUACAGCAGCUCACAGGAUAUUCUAGCAUAGCCUCCUUACAACUAGCAGCUUAGCAUUAGCAUUAGCAUUAGCAUGCUUUUCGUGUUGCCAUUCACUUGCAAUAGUUAUUACAUAGAUCGAUCGAGCAGUUCAUUUUAGUUCCAAUAUGCUGCUGGUUGGGUUGUAUAUUGUGUAUUUUGUAUACAUACAUGUAUCAAAUUGUUAUAAGGGUCUACCUUUUACUACCACAAAAUGUAAAUAAUGUUUUAUCAUGUAAUUUUAUGUCAAGUGGUCCUUGACAUACACCAACAAUAAACUCUCAUCCUACCUUCUAUUUUUUUAAGCUAUCGUUUCUCUA